AUGGCUUCAAACACCACUUUCCUCUUCGCCACCGUCGCACUUCUCGGCGGCAUCCUUCUCCAAAACACCACCGUGUCAGGCAGGGAUCUCCCGAUCCCGACGGCAGAGUCAACCAACAUAGCUGCGAGGCUCCAGAGCGGAGGACUAAUGGAGUGUUGGAACGCAUUGUACGAGCUCAAGUCAUGCACUAACGAGAUCGUUCUCUUCUUCCUCAACGGCGAGACCAAACUCGGUGUUAGUUGUUGCGAAGCCGUCGAGGUCAUCACGACCAGCUGUUGGCCUGCGAUGCUGACUUCUCUCGGCUUUACAUCUGAAGAAGCUAAUGUCCUCCGUGGCUUUUGCCAUGAUCCAAACUCUAGCGGCUAUUCUCCGGCUGCUUCUCCCAAUAAAGCUUGAUUGUGAUUUGCCUUAUUAAU